UGAUGUUUCUGAGCAUAUAUACCAUCAGCUUUUGAACUUUCACUAUAUAUGUUAUCAGAGUCGCGAUAAGAUUGAGAAUACAAUUGCAAUAAGAAAAUAUUUAAUUAUACAUUAUCAUGAACCGUGUGAAUGAAUUGAACGUGGAAGCAAAUACCAGAUAGAUUGUUCACUUUUGCAUGUCGUUUUAUUGAGGAAAUAUAACAACGUCGUUCAAGCUCCUUGACAGGAACGGAUGUCAUACGGUUGAAGUAUAUUAUUUAUGCAUUCUUGGACUUCGACUCUUUUUGUUGGUCGUUGAAAGCUUUGGCAGCUUCAACAGUAAUCUUCAUGAGCUACAUCUGUGGGCACAAUAUCUUACAAUUAGGUGUAUGAAUUAUAUGACCAUUUUAAACUUAAAUCAGCCCACCAAUUUCAAUUUUUUAAUUGAAAAUUCAAAGUAAAUAAUCAUUCCAAGGAUGAUCUGUUAUGGAAAGUGCUUGUAACGGACUUUUAAGGACGGACUCGAAUAACAAAAACAAGAUACGAAAUUAAUGAAAGAAGUAUAAUGCAUUUAAAUAUCAGUUUGGUUUUUGCAGAAUUACCGAACAGCUUCUAUCCGGUUCAAACCUUGUUUUGUAGCCGAAAACUAAAUAAAUUUAAACGUAACAGAAUCAAGUAUACUGUUCAUAAGUGUUAAUUGUGCUGAGGUUGAAUUGUUUGGGUUUUAUUUAUUUUAUUCUGGAUUAAUUUUAGGUUUCUUGAUGAAUCAAAGAAUUAAGAAAAAAAAAUAAAUGUAUGAAACUCUUGUUUAACUUGUCUCAUUAAUUUCUCAGAAUUAUUCCUCUAUAUACUUACUAUAACAGUAUGAUUUCGAAAGACAUUUUGGAAGAAAAAAAAGUGGAGGGGUAUAUGGCAAUUCCAAAAGACAAUUAGUCAAAGUAGUUCUCCAUAUGAACUGGUCAAUUAAAACUUAGCACUGUUUACUUGGUCGGGCUUCUUUAGUGUUUAGCCCGGUUUGGCUCAACCCAUUUACACUUACUUUCAUUCAAAAAACCCUACAAUAGACGCACACCGUCAAAAGGUAAAAACCGUAGAGACUCUAUUCAAACCCACAUCUCAGUCUCUAUCUCAAGCUACUUCACAGAAAAUGGCGGUGCCUCUACUCUCCAAGAAGAUCGUGAAGAAGAGGGUGAAGAAGUUCAAGAGGCCUCAGAGUGACAGGAAAAUUUCUGUCAAGACAAACUGGCGCAGGCCAAAGGGCAUAGAUUCUCGUGUUAGGAGAAAGUUCAAGGGAUGCACUUUGAUGCCAAACAUUGGUUAUGGUUCAGACAAGAAGACCCGCCACUAUCUCCCUAAUGGUUUCAAGAAAUUUGUUGUUCACAAUGUGAAGGACUUGGAGCUGCUCAUGAUGCACAACAGGACUUACUGUGCUGAGAUUGCCCACAAUAUAUCCACAAGAAAGAGAAAAGAUAUAGUUGAGAGAGCCGCGCAGCUUGAUGUUGUUGUGACAAACAAAACGGCCAGAUUACGCACACAGGAGGAUGAAUAGUCACUUAUUGGUAGUGAAUCCUGAUGACACUUGUUGCGACAUUGAUUGGAUUUUGAUCUUUUUUUAUGCUUCUAUAAAUUGCAGCAUGAUAUACAUUUAACAUGGUCUUUUACCCCUCACUUGCCGUCUCAAAUUCGGUUUUAAGUGUUGUAGUUCCUCAAUUUUUUCAGAUCUCAAUUUUUAGUCCGUCGAAACUUUUUUUAACAAA